CUCGCUGAUAAAUAAUAUUCCAUUUUCGCAUCAGCUUGUUCUAAUUUUCAUAUGCAUACUCAACUAUGCUGAACAUAAUUUGGAUCCGUUGCUGAUUAAUGAUUUAACAAAAUUACGUUAUUUUUCGUACCUUUGAUGCUUGCGUAAUUCCUUCUCUCCUAGAUCUAACUCGCGUAUUUCAUAGUAAUUUCUUUCAACGCGUAUCCAUGGCUCAAGUAGCAGCUUCUUCAGAGUCAAUCAGGCCAAGAGAUGUUUGCAUUGUUGGUGUUGCGCGUACACCAAUGGGUAGCUUUCUUGGUGCUUUAUCCUCUUUACCUGCCACCAAACUUGGAUCAAUAGCUAUUGAAGCUGCACUUAAAAUGGCUGGUGUUGAUCCUUCACUUGUGCAAGAAGUUAUCUUCGGCAAUGUUCUUAGUGCAAAUUUAGGUCAGGCUCCGGCUAGACAAGCUGCAUUAGGUGCAGGAAUAUCUAAUGCAGUAAUCUGUACCACUGUUAACAAAGUCUGUGCAUCAGGAAUGAAAGCUACAAUGCUUGCAGCACAAAGCAUUCAGUUGGGAAUUAAUGAUGUUGUCGUGGCUGGUGGCAUGGAAAGCAUGUCUAAUGUGCCUAAAUAUAUUGCAGAAGCAAGAAAAGGAUCUCGACUUGGACAUGAUUCUCUUGUUGAUGGAAUGUUGAAAGAUGGUUUGUGGGAUGUUUAUAAUGAUGUUGGUAUGGGAGUAUGUGCUGAAACAUGUGCAGAAAACCAUAAAGUGACAAGAGAGGAGCAGGACGAUUAUGCUAUUCAGAGCUUUGAGCGUGGUAUUGCUGCCCAAGACAGUGGUGCCUUUAAGUGGGAAAUUGUCCCGGUUGAAGUUUCUGGUGGAAGGGGAAAACCAUCAAUAAUUGUUGACAAGGAUGAAGGUCUAGGGAAGUUUGAUGCUGGCAAACUAAGAAAGCUCCGUCCAAGUUUCAAGGUGAAUGGUGGUUCAGUCACUGCUGGAAAUGCUUCUAGCAUAAGUGAUGGUGCUGCUGCAUUAGUCUUGGUGAGUGGAGAAACAGCAAUAAAGCACGGGCUGCAAGUUAUUGCGAAGAUCUCUGGAUAUGCUGAUGCUGCUCAGGCACCAGAACUAUUUACUACAGCUCCGGCCCUUGCAAUUCCAAAAGCUAUUUCAAAUGCUGGCUUGAAUGCUUCUCUAAUUGAUUUCUAUGAAAUUAAUGAAGCUUUUGCUGUUGUGGCUCUUGCAAAUCAGAAGCUGCUUGGACUUGAACCGGAAAAAGUUAAUGUGAACGGUGGAGCUGUAGCGUUGGGACAUCCUCUAGGUUGCAGUGGAGCUCGUAUCUUGGUCACACUUUUGGGGGUACUGAAGCAGAAGAAUGGUAAAUAUGGUGUUGGUGGCGUUUGCAAUGGUGGAGGUGGUGCUUCUGCACUCGUGGUAGAGCUUCUUUAAGCCUUUUAGUUUUCUUUACUUCACCAAGUUUGGUGCACUCAGCUCAUACCGUAUUGGCAAGUAAAGUCGGAUAGCUUUAGUAAUUCAGGUUCCCUACUAACGCUAGAGACCCUUCUGAGAGUUGAAUUUUUCUGUAACCACCACCAAUUAGUUCUUGUGCAAUGUCACUUCCAUUUCUCUCUCUCUCUCUCUCUGUUUUUUUUUUUCUAAAUUGUUUUGGGCUGGGAGACACUUUCAAUAAACAUUUAAGUGUAUCUACUUCAGAAGAAAUAUAUUUGCAACAUUUCUCA